AUGGAUACUUUCAAAUCUUUACCUCAUGAAAUCUUGGAAAUUAUUUUGUCUUAUGCUGGAGACCAUGUAAAGAAUAGCCAACUAAUGGCUGUAAAUAGGAAUUGGUAUAAUAUAUAUUUAUCACUCGUCUACACUGCCCCCGUCAUCGAUUUGGAUUCUGAACCCUCCGAAUUUUAUGGUAUUACGGAUUCCCCGUUUCGUCCAGGGCAGUACACAACGUCCAUUACUUUUCGAUCUUUUAGCCCAGAGCCAGAAUGCACCCAAAGCAGGCUUUAUCGCUUAAUGAUGCAUACACCCCACGUUAAGGAAGUCAAAUUCCACAAGAUUAAAAACGUUAAAGCGCAAGGGUGGGAGUAUUUUUAUACAGUGCUCAAAACUGCAAACGCCUGGAAAUUACAUUGCUUACCAGACGAUUGGAAAUUAAAAGCUGUAAAUGAUAAAGCCGAUAGGACAUUGAUUUAUUCGACUUACUUGGAAUGUGCGCAACAUUUGAAGCAUUCAAUUAAUUCUCUCCGUUUGAUGAAAAAAAUGAUGCCAACGAAUAUGGAUCUCAGUUUUUUAAAUGUAUUAACCGCGUUGCGAUCCUUAAAUAUUACUAAGGGUUACCUUAAGAGCGUAUACGACUUGGAUCUUCUGCUUCAACACGUCCCCAUGCUGGAGGAGCUCGAGGUGGAUUUCAAAAAGACAAGCUUCAUUUCAGAUCAUAACAACGGUGGAAUAAUCCUGACUAGAGAGUAUCCGAGUAUAAAGACACUUAAUUUCCGUUCCUUUGUCUUUCAAACAGACCAGCAAGCAUGCAUAUUUUAUGCAAAUUUCACAGGCCUUAAAAAACUAUACAUUGCAGGCGUUCAAAACGAACUCACACUAAAACCAGAAACAGCAAAGAAGUUUUUCACAAUGCUUUUGUCACUUUUGGAUUACGAUUUUAAGCUUCGUGGAGCUUUUAUUGACAAGUUUGAUUUCAUCAAUGCCAACUAUCUGCAAGAAACACACGCUUCCGUAUAUAAUCAUAAAAAGAAGACCGAUGCGGUCGAUAUCCAAAAAUCAAAAGACUUCCCAGAUGGGAUGAUAAAUUAUUAUUUUACAGAUGAUCGUGCUGUUGCUACGCAUGUUCUGUUAAGAUUGGGUCCCUAUAUACAGCGAAUCCAGUUCAAUAAUGUGGAUAAUAAAAAUAUUCAACACUAUCUGGAGGUUAUUUUCAGUAACAAGCACAAAAACCUGCACACUAUUGUUUUCAAUAGUCUCGCUUUCCUGCAGCUUUCCAAGGCUAACUUUUUCUUCACAAGUGGCAUCCAAACUAUAUUGUUUGAUAAUUGUAAACUUUCCGAAUAUGCUUUGAAAGAGUUAUCAUUGCACUUUACAAAUUUAAAGGUAGUUAAUUUUAAAGAUUCCGCGUCUGAUGAAUCUUUCGAUAAUAGGCGGAUUAAUAUAAUCCUGCCAAACACUGAUAUUCAACAACUCUCGGUAACAUGUAGUAAUCCCCUUUUAAACCUCAUUUACACCAUUUAUCCCGGAAGUUGGGAUCCACGGAUGCUUCCUUUCGUUUCAGUCACAUUGACAGAUGAAGGUGUUACAAGAUACUAUUAUACAAGAGAUGAAAGGGUACCAGAGAUUGUGGAAACAACAAAAAAGCAUUUUAAACUGGUUGAAAAAGGGACAUUAGAAGGUUAUGUUGAUCUCACUACAAUUGUAAUUAUCCACGUUAAAUCGAUCCGAGAACUUACAUUGAAAUUAAAUAAUAAUCUAUCACGCGAUAUUAUAAUGGUUUUCAAACCUUUAAAAAAGCUUUAA